AUGGUAUCCCCCACUUCCGGUCUGGAAUACCGGCCAACAAUCUACGCGUGGGGCAUCCUCUUCUUCGUCGUCUUCCCCCUCAUAUACCUCAGCGGCAGGAUAGCCGGCGCACUGAUCCGGCUCUUCUUCCGCAUCCUCUUCUACCUCAUCGAGUUCCUGACGUUCGAGUGGCUGAUCCAGACCGUUGAGCAGGAGGUGAUCAUGGAGGACAUCUCCGAAUGCGUCCCGGUGACGGACGUGGAACGUGAGAGGCGGCGGCGUGAACGGCGGAAAGAGCGGCAACGGGAGCGCGAACGUCGCCAUCGGGCGAAGCAGAAUGAUACGAUCACGAUCGUCGAGGAGGAGAAGGCCACCGAGGACGGGCUGGGCAGCGAGGCCGAGACCACCACGGAUGAGGGGCUCAAGUGUACCACCGUGCUGCGCGAGGACGCUUCGAGCGGCUUCGGCUCGACGCCGAGCCCAUCAAACGGUGCAGCCCUGCAGAAGAGGCAUCGA